AUGCCGUCUCGGCGAUCAGGGCGUGCAGCUGCAAAGCGCGCCCAGCGGGCACUUGAAAGCACACCAAAAACGUUCGAGGGUUUUGACGACGAGGACGAGACCAUGGCCGAUGUCGAGCAAGACGAAGCCGAGCUGCAGCCCGAGCCUGAGGAUGAAGGAGAAGACGGAGAGAAAGAGGACGAGUCUGGCGCCGAAGAUGAGGCGCAGGACGAAGAUGAAGAGUCAGCCAAAUCACCAACCCCUCCGCCAGAACCCGUCAUUCGGCGCCGCCGUUUAGGUCGGCCUCCUAAGAAUCGUCCGCCAGACUGGGAUUCUCUGCCGAUUGAGCGCCCGAGCGAUGCGGAUGGCACGCCUCGCCGCCGUGGCCGCGGCGGCUGGAGAGGGCGUGGCGGCCGCAAAGGCCAGCAGUCCCAACCGACCCAACAAUCUAUCGACAAGGAUGGCACGGUCAUGGAUAUUAUCGACGACGAGGUCGAUCUUCCCGAGGACCCCGAGGGCGAGACCAAGGUCGACAAGAUGGGGAAUCUCAAGGAUGGCCGCGAGUACCGCUGCCGAACCUUUACGUUGGCCAACCGGGGCGACCGCCUCUACAUGCUUUCGACGGAGCCGGCCCGUUGCGUCGGCUUCCGGGACUCGUAUCUCUUCUUCACCAAGCACCGGAAGCUGUACAAGAUCAUCGUUAACGAUGAGGAGAAGCGUGACAUGAUCGAGCGCGACAUCAUCCCCCAUAGUUACAAGGGCCGGUCAAUAGGAAUUGUCACGGCUCGCUCCGUGUUCCGCGAGUUUGGGGCUUUGAUCAUUGUCGGCGGCCGACGCAUCAUCGACGACUAUGAGGUCGCCAAGGCCCGAGAGGAGGGUAUCGUGGAGGGUGAGCUAGCAGAUCCCAAUGACCGCUACGAGCCCGACAAGCCCUAUAAUAAGAACCAAUACGUUGCAUGGUUCGGAGCCAGUGCGGUGUACCAUUCUAGCGGACCGGCGAUGCCCCAGCAAAACAUCAAGGCCGAUCCGAAGAAGCGCCGCGUCGCUGUAAACGACAUCAAUUGGCAGCUGGAGCAUGCUCGUGAGGCGAGUCAGUUUAACAGCAUCCUGUCCGCCGUACGCCGCCAGAACUUGAACGGCGUCUACGACAUCCACACGAACCAGAUCCAGUACCCGGCCAUAAUUCAGCCGACGCACGUGCGCAUCGUGCAGGUUGCCGACACCGACGAGCCCAAGCAGCCGGCGGACCCGACGACGCUGUUCCAGCCCGUCAAGCCCGCCGUGUCGCGCAACUUCCUCAUCAUGGACACGCAGCUCGAGACGCCCCCGGCCGGCAUCGCACCGGCAGCCUACGACGUGCCUUUCCGCACGUCCCCGGCCGACCGCGCCCUGUCGAUGCAGGCCGACUUCCUGUCACCCUUCAAGGGGCUGGGCGCCGUGUCCGACGACAUCCGCGACCUGCUGCCCGACGAGUGCCGCGAGGCGUUUGAUGCCACGCGGAGAAAGGAGGAUAGCUGGUUUGCCAAUUGGGGCGACGAGGUCACGCACGCUUGCAGGCGCGAGCCGGUGGUGGACAAGGCGAUUGUGCCCUACACGAUGACGCUUUCUUGA